GUUCGAAUGUUCGAUGACUUCUUAUUAUUCAUUUUCCAGAAAACAAACAAACAGUCAAACCCCAACCACUCUUCAGAUCCACAACCCUUCUUCUCCCCCCCCAUCGCCGGAGAUGCUUCUCCCCUCCGCCGUGCUCCUCCACGUCCUCCUCGUCAGCGCCGCCGCCUCGGCGCAGAUCGUCGGCCUGGACUCUUUCCUAACCCAGCAAUUCCGGAAAGACCCAAAUGCCGCGAACGAUUCCUUCCUCCUCCUUCCUUCCUCACUGAAAAAGCCCCUUUCCCACCCUAACCCCGCCCACCCAGCAAACCCCACCUCCCUCCUCUCCCUCGACCUCCCCGUCCCCAUCACCGUCCAUUUGGUCGGCUCCACGUUCUCCUCCUCCGCCACUUCUUUGCUCUCCUCCUUCAUCUCUUCCGCCGUCUCCUCCGAUUACUUCCACGUCAUCUCCCCAUUCUCCUCCUCCGCGCAUCAUCUCUCCGUUUCUCACUCCCUUCACCUCUCCGCCACUCUCUCCCCGCCGUCGCUCGCUGCCUCCCUCUCCUCUGCUCUGAAUUCUCAUCUCAUCUCAACCCCUUCCUCUCUCCGAACCCCUCUCUCCUCCGUCCCUUACUCCCUCGUCGACCAAAUCAUCCGCCAGGACUUUGAAAAGGAGAACCCUAUCAAUUCCUUUCACAUCUACAUCAUCCAUCUCGGAUCCCAGCCGAAGAGCUAUGCUUACAGCUACACUCCCGGAGAUAGCUCCCCUGGUUACACCAAAUGCUUGGGCAGCAUCUGGACGGGAAGUGAUCGAUAUUUGUGGAUAGAUUUAGGAGCAGGUCCGGUUGAUUAUGGCCCUGCUUUAUCCGGCGAUGGUGUCUUGCCAAAAGGUGAGUUUCAUCCAUUGGCAGCCAUCCAUGGUAGGCCCAAGUCGCAAAAGGCAUUGUUGCGGGACUUGGCUUCUUUGGUGUGGAGUGCUUAUCAGGUACUUCUUGUCCCCUCUUUAAGGAUUCCUGUACCUUUUGAGAAUACCUUGAUUGUCGAAUUUGUGCACAUUCGUGGUGAAGGUGGUAGUAUUGGUUUGGAUUGGAAAGUGAUAGAGAAGAAUUUCAUGGAUGAGGCGAAUUCCCGGGGAUUGUUGUUGUUGGGUGAUCAGAAUUUGAGUUUUAAGAAAUAUGAAGUGAAAUUUGAUGAGUGUCCAAUUUGCUCCUUUGCCGUUGCUAGGUCGACUACUUCGUACACUUCUAGGUACUUGUUUGAUAACUACACUUUGAUAGUUAGUGAAUAUCUCGAUUCGAAGAGGUUGCAUCAGGCAAUCUUGGAAUCUUUUGAGGAGUUUAGAAGGGUAGGGAAGCUGCCGGAGGAAGACUUUGGUAGAGUCCUUCCUGUGUAUGUUUUUGAUCUUGAUAUCCAUAAUAUGUUGUUGCUCGAUCGGUAUCACCAAUCUGUGGCGUUUAAGGAUAUGGUGAUUGCUGUUCGUACAAAAAGCACUCAGACUGUGAGCGACUAUAGCUGUAAUGGGCAUCAUGUUUUUGCACAAACUCGGGAGCUUGAAAGGCCUAUUGUGGGUUCCAUCUUGCAAAGCAUGUGGGGGGUUUCGCCUACGCAUCUUGUCUGGAGCCCUAGGCAUAAUAGUACUCUCAUGGACUAUACAUGGAGCGUUGGACAAACACCAUUUGGACCAUUCUCGGAGCUGUCUUCGUUAUCGUUUGUGCAGAAGGAUGCUGCUCAGAGAAAUAUUCUUUUGACAUCUUUGAACUACAGCAUUACAAGUGGGAUCGAUGUUCUUGAGUCCAUUGCUGCACAUGGUGGAGAAAGAAAACUCCUGAAAAAAAAUCAACAUUCUGAAUUUUUAGGGAGGUGGAACCUGUUUAGGUACAAGCUGGACAAAGCGGUUUCUGCUAUGUCUCAUUUUGAUUACGGGAUGGCUCUAUAUUAUUUGAGGUCUUCAGAGCAUGAUCUUUAUGCAAUGCACUCUCUUGUUUACCAAGUAACUCAAGACCUGGAGGCUUCUCUUGUUUGUUUCAAGGAUCCACCAAUCCCGUGGAAGUCGAUUAUCUUGUCGGCAGGAUUAAUAUUUGCUUUCCUCUAUGUCUGUGCUAAAAGAGACAGAUUGUUUCAGAACAAGAGAAAGCAGUUCUAAAGUAUUGAAGUUGUUGGUAUGUAUUAAUCAGGAUGGGUACUCUCCAAUCCAGAGAUUUCUAGUGUUAUAUUGUCGCUGACUCUUGUUUGAAAUAUACUGAAUCCGGAUCGGUUCCUUGAAGCUCAACUGUCAAGGCAUGCCCAAAUGAUCAUAUGCAAAAGGCUACAUGAGCUGGUUCGAACAUCGGCCGCACCCUCCCUUCCCCUCAAUUAUAGAAGAGUUUUUGUGUAUUUUUUCGGCACAAUCUAAUUCAGGAAUUUUGAUUUGUAGCCAAUCAUUUUAUUAGCUUACAUAUGAUGUUGGUACAAUCGAAGUUUCUGUGGCUUACUGACCUGCUGCUUCUGUUUAUACCACAGAACAUUACAUACAUAUCACCACCAGACAGCCUGUUUGUUUCUUGUAAUAUUUGACAUUUUCCAGGCUCUUUCAA